AGGACUUCGACGAUCGCGACGCUGCUUUUGCAAAGACUCGAUAGCUCAUCUUCCUCUCUCCUCUACGUUGUAACGGUGGCUCAGAGAGGAAGCCUCUGAGUGCAUGGUAAACCCCAUGCGACCUUGGAACCUUCCUUGCUGCAAACAUGUCACCAAACCUCACUUCAGUCGUUCCUUGAGCUCGACAUGUUCAAAAUUACAAGUUGCUAAGACUAAGACCAAGGAUGGCGCAGACUAUUCAUCUACUGUGCACCUUCCGAAAACUUCACUGCCUAUGGCCAAUGACCCUUCGAAGGAUGAGGUGUUGAAGCGGAGGACUACAGAAGAUUUGUAUAGGUGGCAGUGGGAAAAUGCAAAGGGACCUCUGUUCGUGUUGCAUGAUGGACCUCCAUAUGCGAAUGGAGACCUUCACAUUGGUCACGCGUUAAAUAAAAUCUUCAAGGACAUCAUCAACCGGUUUCAUGCCUCUGUUGGUCGGAGAGUACAUUAUGUCCCUGGUUGGGACUGUCACGGUCUACCCAUCGAGAACAAGGUUCUUAAAGAGCUUGGCAAAGACCUGAACGAGAUUUCGCCCACUGGUAUUCGAGCCGAAGCAGAAGUCUAUGCGAAAGGACAGGUUCAGAACCAACUGGGACAAUUUCGGGAACUUGGUAUCAUGGCAGAUUGGAGUCCGGAGUCUACAUAUCGUACGCUGGAUCACGAGUACGAAAUGCGGCAGCUCCGAAUAUUCCAAAAGAUGGUUCAACGAGGCUUGAUAUAUCGUCACUACCGCCCAGUCCACUAUUCACCAUCAUCUCGGUCGGCACUUGCUGAGGCAGAGUUAGAGUACAAGGACAAGCAUCGGUCUUAUGCCAUUUAUGUCGCUUUCGACCUUGAUCUAAAUCACAAGACGGAAAUGAGCGAAAAACUUCUUUCUCUGAUUCCGGACAGAACGAGUGUGCAGUUGCUGACGUUUACGACGACGCCUUGGACUAUGUCUGCCAAUAUGGGCAUUGCGGUCAAUUCUGAGAUGACGUAUGUUGUCUUCGGGAAGCUCUCUGAACCGGCAGGUCCCACUUUGAUAGUAGCACAAGAUCGUUUGGCCGAUGUGAAGGAUAUAUUGGAACAGCUCAACAUCGAUGAUGCCAUUCUAGGCACACUGAUAGGCGACGAACUCGUCGGCACACCCUACAGACCACUCUUUCACAAGGUUAACCCGGCCCUUGCAGACGCUCCCCCCUUCUCCGUUAUCGCCUCAGGUCACGUCACCCCAGAUACAGGAACAGGUCUCGUUCACUGCGCACCUGCACACGGUCUAGAAGACUACCAACUUUUCCGAGACGCCGGACUCAUCUCUGCUUCUUUGCCCAACGAGAUCUUCUGUCAUGUGGAUGACCUGGGCUGCUUCUCAUCCGAUAUUGCCGAAGUCGUUGGUGAAGAAGCUGCUCGUCAAUUAGUUGGCAAGGAAGUGCUAGGUGAUGGUGGUCGUGAGAUGGCGAAGUUGCUGAAAAGCAUGGGUGUACUGAGAAAAGAUCAUGUGAUUAAGCACAGGUAUCCAUAUGAUUGGAAGACGGAUAAGCCUAUUAUCGUCAAAGCGACUUCACAGUGGUUCGCAAACCUGGAAGAGAUCAAGGGAGAUGCUAUAGCUGCACUACAAAACGUCAGGUUUAUCCCCGAGCAGUCACGCAACCGUUUAGAGUCACACGUCCGUCAGCGAUCCGAAUGGUGUAUCUCAAGACAACGCGUCUGGGGCGUCCCAAUCCCUGCACUCUAUCAUCUUCCAACAAACCGCGCAGUCCUUGAUUCAACAAGUCUGGACCACAUCCUCUCUGUUCUCUCAGAGAAAGGUACUCGUCACUGGUGGGACGGACCCGUUUCGGAAUUCGUCCCGUGUCAUCUCCUCGUAGAAGGCGAGAACGUCGAAGAAACGUGGAAAAAAGGCACCGAUACCAUGGAUGUUUGGUUUGACAGUGGGACUUCGUGGUCGAUGUUGCGAGGGUUGGAAAAGGGGCGUGGAGCUGGCGAACCGCUCGCCGACGUCUGCUUGGAGGGCAGUGAUCAACAUCGAGGAUGGUUCCAAAGUCAGCUUCUGACUGCUAUCGGGGCUCUUGAGGGUGAUGGACAAGGGAAGGGCGCGAUGGCGCCGUACGGGACGUUGAUCACUCAUGGAAUGGUCGUCGAUGUCAGUGGGAAGAAGAUGAGCAAGUCUCUUGGGAAUAUCAUUAGUCCUAAGGAGGUCAUUCACGGCUCUAAGAAAAUGAAAGCUCACGGUGCAGAGACUUUACGCCUCUGGGUCGCAAGCGUGGAUUGCACAGGCGAGAUGUCGAUUGGCACAAAAGUGCUAGAGAGGACCGAGGAGAUGCAUCGCAAAAUCCGGAACACUCUCAGAUAUUGCUUGGGCAGCUUGGAAGAUCGCCGAUUGCCCGAGGAACUUAAGGUUGAUGUGAGAGGAAUGAGUCCAAUAUCUCAGUAUGUUAUGCAGAAGCUAUACGCUGCCGAACAGGACGCUCGUAAAGCGUAUGAGGCAUAUGACUUCCCGAGAGUGGUUGCUAUCUUGUCGCAAUUCAUCUAUGAUACAUUAUCGUCAUUAUAUAUCACUGUCACGAAGGAUACCCUAUAUGUGGAGCGAAAGGACAGCUGGGACCGUAGGGAGGUACUGACGGUACUUGACAAGACACUCGAGACGUUGAUUCACAUGAUUGCACCCAUCCUCCCUCACUUGGCGGAGGAAGUUCAUCAAGUACUUCACCGACACGAAGGCGAAGUUCCUUCUGUUUUCACAAAGACAUGGAAGCCAUUAGAUGUUCAUUGGUAUAAUCCGCAGAUUGAAAAAAUGAUGAAACCUAUCUUGUCGUUGCGCACCGAAGUCAUGUCGGUACUCGAGGGCGCUCGUCGAAGAGGAGAGAUACGCAACGCUCUUAGUGCAGAAAUCGAUCUAGUUGUGAUUGCACCAGAUAUCGAUGCGGUAAUUAUAAAGAACUUGCUAGACCAGCAUAGACUGGAUAAGCUCUUUUGCGUUUCCGCCGUACAUAUCUCGUCGUCUGAAAGCCAGAACGUUCCUGGUGAAUGGCUAAUUUCCGGUGUCUUCAACACUUUUUCAAUUCUAGAUUAUCGCGUCCCUCUUCUAAUUCGUGCACGACCCUCUCCUAAGGAGCGCUGUCCGCGAUGCUACUUGCACACUCGAUUAGCUGAAGAGCCGCUCUGCCGAAGGUGUACAGAUGUCCUCCACUCCUAGAUUAAUUGUAGUUUGAAGUAUAGUUGUACUGUUUGUCUCUGCUAAUACACACACCUCGUUCUACCUACUACUGGGAAUUAUCUCUAAUUUUUCACAU